CGAGAAUAGUCGGUGUUGUUCCGAACACUGACCGCUGGACGACGCUUCAGAUUCAAAGAAUCACGCAAAUGCAUCAUGUGCUGACCGCAGUUUAUUUACAAACUCCAGGCUUGCUUACUGCUUUUGGGAUACGUUCAUAGCCCAGUCAUGGCCGUGCCGGAGUUGAAUACCUACGUAGGACUAGCAGUUGUAUUGGGCGCUUUUGCUGCCUUGGUGGCCGUCUUGAUUCAACAGUGGUGGCAAAAUAAGCCGCUAUUAGCCACAAAGUUCGAGGAGCCAACAGCUCUCCCCAAGGACUUUCACAGCGGCGCCAGAAUCCUUGUGGCGAAAAGUCACGCUGAGUGGAGUUUCGCCCGCAAGACCUUUCGCUUUCUCGAAGUCUUUGUGAAUAUUGCUUGGGUCUUCGGCAGCAUGGCGGUUCGGCCCUAUGCAUGGCUUCCAGUGGUGUUUAUGGCCUAUGCUUUACCUGCUUAUUGUUUGGAAUGGACAGUUUGCCAGCUGUGGGAGCAACCGGCAUUGGCCUUCGCUUUGCAUGGCCUACCUGCCGCAGUUGCACUCAUUCGUAUCGUGCUGCUGUUUGCUUUUACCCACAUGGUCAGAGCAGAAGCGCUAGGAUUGGGCAUUCUGCGAAACCCCGAUGGUUGGAAGAUAGGCUACAGGAUCGAGUGGUUGCAGGGGCAGAAAGUCCACUUUCCAUGGCCCUUGUGCUUCUUGGAGGAAUUGUUGCCUGAAUCUUCGGGAGAGGGCGUGGUGGGUGGGUAUUUCUUAAUACGUACCGGUUGCUUCUUACUCUACGUUCUGAUCCUUGCUUCCGUGGUUUGCUUCAACACUUACAAAGGGCUUGCUUCAUAUACAACGUCUGCGCAGGAGCAAGCCUUACAGGCUGAAGAGGAGAAGAGCUUGAAACAAAAAGAGAGGUCAGAGCAAGCUGCGAUGGUGAAAGAUCUUCGGAUGGGCCGGGACUCUGCUGUAAAGCAAGAAACUGCAUUCUGGAUCUACUUCGAUGCAGUCUUGGUGGUCUAUGACAUGAUUUCAGACCUUGUGACGGUCUGGACCCUGCUUGCAGUGAAGAGAUAUGAAUUAGCUUCCAUGAUGGUCUUCAUAUUCAUCCGGAGUGUACUUCUUCAAGUUUCCUCAGGCAAACCCCGGACCUUCAUCGCAGAUGUGCAGGCGAGCGUCCACCGUGGAAUCCGCCACCAAAACUUCUUAGAUGCUUAGUUGAGUGGUUGAGUUUAUCAACGCCUUUGAUACGUGUUUGAUCCUUUUUGACUCAGCUGUCACCCUAGAAGCUUGGGUCCUUGCACCGGCAACAAAGGAUAUUUUGCAAGAGGAGCGGGGGUUUGAGGCCCCCUUCAGCCUGAUGUUGACCUCAUACUCGUUGCUGGUUUGUGUCAAUGAUGUAUCCUCAGCUCUCAGACAGAGUAUCAGCAUUCUCGUCUCCGCCUACGGUCUUGCAAACUUUAUUUACAUACAGCUCGACUUGAACCUGGUCGAUGAGGAAGAGAUCCAAAGAGCAGGGGUUCUUGAAAAUGCAGUUGAAGAGGUCAUACAUGCUAGCAAGAGUUGGAAGAGCUGGAUCUUCGGCUCCGAUCAAAGCAACUCACGCACGGGCCUCGUUCUGUUCAGCGAGGAAUGAGGCAAGUGGCUUUUGCAUAGCUUCGCCUAUUUUGAGAUGCCCGGAUGUGCCAAAUGCUAUCCUCGGAAC